AAGCGCCCCACCCCCUCGCACAGCUGACAUUGCCCACCGCCCAGGCCCGCUACCCAUCCAUCGAGAUCACCUGUGAUCACCCCCGCAUGUCCAAAGUGAAAAUACCAAAGGGGCCGACGUCCAAGCUGAGCUCGGUUGUCACUGCGAGCCAGAGCAGCCUGGGAUCGCUCGCCUCAAGCGCACCGCCUCCAAAGCAAAAGGCCGGACUGGUCAUCCACAUGCAUGCCUCCCAUGUUACCUUCCAGCAUAAGCCCGAUGCCAUGUUUCCGUACAACUCGACCCUGAAUGAAUUCCUGAGCUCCAUCAUGCAGGGACAGCUCCCCCAAAACGGCUCUGAUCUGUUCAACGAGUCCAACUUUACUGAAGGCAAGAUGAUUGUCGAGAUCCAUGAUCAUCGCUAUGUCAUGAAGGGUCAGCCAAAGACUGCCGAUGCAUCCAGCCUCCUUCCUGCAUACUCCUUCACGGUCACCGUAGUGCCGCCACUCGCGGCUCUGUGGGCCGAUGUAUCUCAGGUCGCCGAGGCCGAGGGCAAGGCGCCGUGGUCAGAGGACUUUGUGACGGCCAUGGAGGCCAAGCUUCUGCCAAUCCUCUCCGAGCCACUUUGUCUGGACCCGUCGCCCAGAGUGAUGGUGGCCAAGAACACGAUUGCUUACAACCAGCACAAGGGUCGUUCUCUGGCGCUGACUCAGAGGACCAAAAGCCUUGUCGGCAAGCAGGAAGAGGAGGCCAAGGCAGAGGCAAUGAACAAGUUGCUGCUGUUUAUGGAUGAGAAGGCCGGUCAGCCAUUUCAGCCAAGCUUUCGCAAUCAUCGCCAUAUAGAGGAGCUCAAGAGAAAGCGGCGAAUUUCGGAUGCGGAGCCGAUCCUCUCGGUCGACCAGAAAGUCAAAAAGAAUCGAGCACUCAAGGAGGCGCUUCCGCACGUCACCGGACAAAAAUUGGUUCGUACGAUCAAGUUCGAGAACACUGCGGAUGGCAACGCCUCGUCGACCGGCAAGAAGGUCUACACAAUCCUCAAUCAAUACGACAUGGGCAACGGCGAGUACGAGGCGAUUCUCCGGUGGGGCGACACCGAGGGAUACGCCACUGGCAACGGAGGCACGAUGGCCUUCCCGGUCGGCAACAAAGCUGCCGCAAACCAGUAUGUCUGCCACUUCAAGUCCUUUUACGGCCUCACCCACAACGUCAUCUCAGACAUUGUCAUCAGUCCCGAUGGCUCUAUAGCCAACGCCGAUCCCCAAGUAUCCAAUCGAAUUGCCGUCGUCCAGGUCAACCCUACAUCCCGCCUGGCAAAGUCAUCGGUCUCGGGAGCACCCGCAGAUGCAGCUUCCAAUCCAAAUCCAUCCGAUGUCAAGCCGGAGUCAGCCGCGAUGGCCCUGGCGGGAGCUUCGUCAGUACAGACAUUUGGCCAGUCCGGCAACCACACGGUUCUUUCUCAGCAGUCCCCGAAGCAGCCCGCUCACCAACAACAGACAUCGCCGCUACAUGUACACCAGAUGCAGCCAGUGCAGAACCCGCAUCUACAACAACAGAUGCAUUUCCAGAUGCUCCUCCAGUCCAAAAAACUAAAUUCAGCACAGUCGACCACCAACGCAGCGGCUGGUCAAGCGGGUUUUGCGACCAUGCCGCCACAGGUCGAUCAGUCCGACAACGGCCAGAGCAAGCCUGGCAUCAUGUCGUCACCUAUGAUCAAGCAAGAGGUUCUGUCGUCGCAAGCGAAGCUGUCCGGCAACAAGACAGGACAGGCCGGAGCGGCAACACCCCAACUUGGUAUCGGGAAUUCCGAGCCCAGCCUCGUCACGGAGACAGGCGCCACUGGCGGCAUCAUGCACAUGGACGCCAGCGGCGCUCUUGGAGAGUCCUCCUCACUCAAAUCCAUCAAGCAGGAGAACAUUGGUGACAAGACCAAGUCGCCAGCGCAAGUGCCGGCAAUGGUGAAGGUCGAUCCGGGAAGCGCGUUGGCGAACAUGUCUCAAGGAGGCACGGCGCUCCCGACGGCAUCCCCGAAGCCCGGCGCUGUCAAGGUUGCCACGCCAGUGAUGACCCCGGCCUCGCUCGCGAUGAACAUGCCUAUGGCGAAUGCCGUAAACGUGUCGCCAGCACUUCAUAGCAACACAUUGACAGGCGUCAAUGUCCGGCCCGUCACGGCGUCGCCCCAGGUUGCGCAGGCGACAUUCCGCCCCAUGCAGACACCCCUGCAGCUGAUGGCUCAAAACCCGCAGCUUCUCAUGUCGCUGCAACAGCAACAGCAACAGCAGCAACAGCAGCAGCAACAGCAACAACCUCGACCGGCGGCACCGGGGAUACAGUCCAUGCAGUUCCCACUCGCGUCCGGCACCGCGACAUUGACUCCACAGCAGAUCAUGAUGCUCAUGUACCAGCAACAGCAACAACAGCAGCAGCAGCAACAACAGCAACAACAGCAACAGCAGCAGCAACAGACCCAGAAGCAGAUGCAUCAUGCUGCACAGCAGCAGCAUCUGAUACAGCAGUUCUUGCAACUCCAACAGCGGCAGGCCGCCCAAGCCUCCGUUGGAGCUGGCCAGUCCCUGCAGUCGUUCCCUCCACUGGUACAAAUACAACAGCACAGCCUGCGCCAGCGACAGUUGGCCGAUGCCCAAGCGCAAUUACAAGCUCAUGCACAAGCCCAGAUUCAAGCCCAGGCUCAAGCACAAGCACAGGCACAGGCUCAAGCGCAGGCGCAAGUCCAGGCUCAGGCUGCCGCCCAAAGCCAGGGCCAGCCGCCCGCUGGACCUUAGAUCCAACAGCACAGCCAAUUUCGAAGGCGCUCGUUAUUCUCGGUUGCAUCGGGUUGUUUAUUACAGCGUGGCCAACAAACUGGACACCAAGUAUUGAGGGAGAGUUGUUUUCUCUGGUCGUGGCCAAACGGUGUGUCCAGAGUGCCUGUACGGAGCCGUGCUGAGGGCCGAAUACAUGCCACAGGAGAUCGCCACAGGAGAUCGAUCGAGUGCAUUCGAGA